AUGACCACCAACUCUGCCACAACAACGACAACGUCGCUCAUCAACGCCGACAUAACCCUCCUCAUUGCAGAGCAAACCGACCUCCCAACCUUGCUCGCGCUAGCCAGCACAAACAAGCACCUCAACGGCCUGAUCAACACAUACGAACACUCGAUCAUCAAGUCCAAAAUCACCACCGCUAUCCCAAACCCACUCCUCCAACCUCCCCUCGGGUCAGUCCUAUCCUCCCACAGCUCCUCCACCCGCCAAAUCCUGCCACCUUGGUCCUUCCAAGUAGCAGCCGAACUCGAACGCCGCCACGCCCGCACCGAAGCCAUGUUCAACAUUUCCACCGUCCCCCCAACCCCCUUGAUAUCAGCCAUGUUCCGCGUCCCUUCUUUUGCGGCGCUGCCACGGCAGCAGUUUACCCAACUGGUCGACCUGUUCAAACGGGCUUGCUGCCUGGCGGAUCAUAUCUGUGAUUUGGCGCUGCUGGUCAAGAUACCGGCCAUGGCGAGGGAGCUGUCGGCUGUGGAUCCGUACGUGGUGCAAAAGGCGAUCCACCGAACGAGGCAGGGGUUUAUUAAAGGGUUGGAACCGUUGGAUCUGGCGUUGUUGACGCAUUUGGCGGCGUUGGGGGGGAUGGCGUAUGCGGAGGAGAUGGGGGAGUUGAUGAGUUCUGAUCCGGAGGGGUUGGAGAGGAUGGUGGCGUUCAAGGAGACUAUUAUACGGGAGGGGAGCGCGGCGCUUUGGGGUUUUUUACAUCCAAAGGAGGGGGAAGUGAUUGAGGGGAAUGGACCACCUUCUUUGCCGCCUAGGGCGAGGGGGAGCGGGCUUGGGAGGUAUAUUGCGGGCAAGGUGGAAGGGGUGUUGAGGGAUUUGCAUGCUUAUGAGAUGGGGCUUAAGGAGCGGGAUCAUGAGGAGGCGGAGGGAGAGGGGGAGGGGGAGUGGGCGGAUAAGGAGGGGGUGAGGGAAGGGGGGUGGGAGGAUGAUGAUGAUGAUCCGUUUGUUGUUUUGCAUGGGCUUCAUCAGACUAUCAUGGGUGCCUUUCCUAAGCCGAUUGAGGAACCAAAGGACGAUGAGGGGGAUGCUGUGAUAGAAGAUGAGAGUGAGCAGUGGGAGGAAGAAGGGGUUGAAUAUGAGGAGGUGGAUAUUGAGGGCGAGGAUGUGAGUUCUGAAGAAGAGGGAGAGAUAGAAGAGGAAGAGGAAGUUUUCCCUGUUGAACCUAGAGAACAGUUGAUCCUGGAGGUGGUUAGAAGUGCGGUUCCAUGCUCAGUUUAG